AUGAUUGGUGUCACAGUCAUAUCGGUCUUAGCAGGAUUUGGUAUGGCCAAUGCCCCGUUAACUGUUUGGUACCAACGACAUGUAUCUGAACAUGACUAUCGCGUUGCUGAGCGUGCUUAUGCACAAACUAACAAGAUGAUUGAAGAAAAAAAGAUGGCACUUGACAGGAUGAAGCAGCAACAAGAACGUCAGUCAUCCACUGAACAAGCAUCUACUUCAAAUUAUGUCAGUCGAUUUGUUUCAUCUCUAUUUAGCAAAGGAAAGGAUCAAGAGAUGGAGUUAUUACAGACAGAGAUUGAGCAGUUGGAAGGCUUAGCAGUGAGCAUGAAUAAUGACCUGGAAGAACUAGAGCGAGAUAGAGCAAGAACAAAGUACGCCAAGACAUGGAAGGGGAAGGCGUGGAAGUUGGUGAAUAUGAUGUUUGCAAUUUAUUGUGCUUAUAGAUUUAUUGUGACAACGAUGAGCGUUGUACUACAAAGGCAAAGUUCGAUGGAUCCGAUCACACGAACACUAUCGAUGAUUAUUAGUCAUUUUGACAGCUAUAACAUUGAUCCUACCUUUUGGUCACAGCAAUUAAGCUUUUGGUUUGCUGGCAUCAUCGUGUUUAGUUCUGUUCGUAGCUUUUUAAUGCUUUUAUCAAAGUUACUGGAGAUAUUCUUGCUCAAGAUCACAUUCUCUACAAACAAUAUUCUUUUACUCAUAGCUCAAGUGAUGGGAAUGUACUUUCUAAGCUCAGUAUUAAUGAUUCAAUUGAACUUGCCUUUAGAAUACAAAUAUCUUCUUUCCUCUUCUUUACAGUCAAUUGAAUUAGACAUUUAUAAGUAUUGGUCAGAUACUAUCUCGUGUAUUGCUUGUAUAUUGUCUAUCCUUAUCAUCUGCGUCCUUCGUCAGACCCAGGACGCGACAAGUAUGACAAGAGACUUUGCUGACAUAGAACUUUUGGCAGCUGAGAAUGGACUAAGAACAUAA